UUCUUUUCCACAUGAUCAGAGCUAAUUGGCCCCCCUGCAGACUAAGUGACCAAUCACAUCAGCUUCAGCUGAAAGCAGCCCUCACGACAUUAUAAACAGAGGAAUGUGAACGGUAAGCCCAGUCCAAGAGGAGAACCCACAAAAUAGACUUGUAGAUUAAAAUUACCUCAUCAAAAAGACAGACUCCAAAAGUUUCCUCAAGACCUACCUGAGCAUACAGGCUGACCCAGCAAAAGAACUGAGAUUUACAGCCUGAGAUGGAUGGCAGUAAUUGCAAAGUCAUUGCUCCUCUCCUAACUAAGAGAUACCGGAGGAUGGUCACCAAGGAUGGCCACAGCACACUCCAAAUGGACGGCGCUCAAAGAGGUCUUGCCUAUCUCCGAGAUGCCUGGGGAAUCCUAAUGGACAUGCGCUGGCGCUGGAUGAUGUUGGUCUUUUCUGCUUCUUUUGUUAUCCACUGGCUUGUCUUUGCAGUGCUCUGGUAUGUGCUAGCUGAGAUGAAUGGUGAUCUGGAACUAGAUCAUGAUGCCCCGCCUGAAAACCACACUAUCUGUGUUAAGUAUAUCACCAGUUUCACAGCUGCAUUCUCCUUCUCCCUGGAGACACAACUGACAAUCGGUUAUGGUACCAUGUUCCCCAGUGGUGACUGUCCAAGUGCAAUCGCCCUACUUGCCAUACAAAUGCUCCUAGGCCUCAUGCUAGAGGCUUUCAUCACAGGUGCCUUUGUGGCGAAGAUUGCCCGGCCAAAAAAUCGCGCUUUCUCAAUUCGUUUUACUGAUUUAGCAGUAGUAGCUCACACAGAUGGCAAACCUACUCUGAUUUUCCAAGUGGCCAACACUCGACCUAGCCCUCUAACCAGUGUUCGGGUCUCAGCUGUACUCUAUCAGGAAAGAGAAAACGGCAAACUCUACCAGACCAGUGUGGAUUUCCACCUUGAUGGCAUCAGUUCUGAGGAAUGUCCAUUCUUUAUCUUUCCACUAACCUACUAUCACUCCAUUACACCAUCGAGUCCUCUGGCUACUCUGCUCCAGCGUGAAAAUCCUCCCCACUUUGAAUUAGUUGUGUUCCUUUCAGCAAUGCAGGAAGGCACUGGAGAAAUAUGCCAAAGGAGGACAUCCUACCUACCCUCCGAGAUCAUGUUACAUCACUGUUUUGCAUCUCUGUUGACCCGAAGUUCCAAAGGUGAAUAUCAAAUCAAGAUGGAGAAUUUUGACAAGAUUGUUCCUGAACUUCCAACUCCUCUGGUCUCUAAGAGCCCAAACAGGACUGAUCUGGACAUCCGUAUCAAUGGACAAAGCAUUGACAAUUUUCAGAUCUCUGAAACAGGACUGACAGAGUAAGACGUGUCCACAGCAUCCUAUUUUUUAAUGUAUUAAAUAUACCCAGCCAAUUACGCAGCCACUUCUCCUUCAUCACAUCUCAUGUUUUCUUUUUUCUCAAUGCUGAUUACAUCUCUCUGAUUACAUCAUGGUGAUCAAGACUAUGCCCAUAAAAAAUGGCUAACAAUAUACAUUCUGGAAAUAUAACAAUCUACUUUACAAAGUUUGUGUUUGUGGUUAUCUGCUGAAUCAAUGCAUCUCAACAUGACAGGUAUUUAUACAGAAAUGUUAUUGAUGAAUUUAUAAGGAUGUGGUAUGAUACCAGUAAUGAAGGUAAAAUGGACAGUGAAGUUUAACAAGCUGAACUCUUAAAAAAAUCAACUAUAAAUCUCUCAAUUUCAUCUGCAAGUUGAAGCAACAGUCUAGUUGCAAACAUAGCUCCCUGGGUAGAAUGAUGAUUUCACAAUAUUUAGUGAACAUCCUUUUAAAACUGUUAUUUUUUUCAAGACAACAAAAAUAAUUCCUUUGGUUCUUUAUACUACAAAACUGGGGUAAGUAUUACUCCCUUGAUUUUUAACAGCUAAGAACAAAAAUUCACAGAAAAAGAGCAAAGUACAGAUUUAUACACAAUUCUAAAAGCAUUUGAGAAUGACACCCAAACAUAUAUAGAUGUUCACAUAUUUGUGGCAGACACUGAUCAGAGCAAAUAAGACAAGCUCCAGCCUGAAUGGAACAUAUAGGGUGGUAUUUUCGGAAAGGAGAUGAAAAAUCAUAUCUACCUUAAAGCUACCCUGCACAAUAAUCAAAUAGUGAUUUAAAAAUUAUAAUAAACUAUUCAUCUGAAUGGCUUCCAACCUAAAUAAAAAUAUUCCCUUCCUACCUAUGAUUCAUUCAUUCAAUGGUAUAAAAAACCAUGACAGCUCUAAAUAACUCAUAAAUGUAAAUAUAUUUAAGUUUUUGUAGAUAUGAAAGUUUAGUUAAAUAUAAUUCAACUAGGGAAAAAAUCUAUAAUAGAUAAAGCAAAAAUAAUCAGGCAACAAAGUAUUUUCAAAUCCAAAUUCCUGUUUCCAACUUCAAAUAGUUUUUUCUAUAAAAACAAAAUGAGUGUUUGUUCACCAGUAGGAGGCUGGACUAGAUGAACUCUAUUCUUUCUUUCCAAAUCUAAUACUCCAUGAAAAUUAUGCUUUCUCUGCUUCACUUUUUAUUUUACAUAUACCAAGAUGAACCCUUUCCCUUACUUCCAGUUUAAGACUAUCCUCUGUAUACUUCUCAUUUCAAUAAAAAAAAAUCAAAC